CGUCAGGGUGAUGAUGGGUGGAGGGGAGGGCCAGGCUGCUGAACCAACUAUAAAGAUAGGUAAAAUCAAAUAUCAUCAACACCAGACGGAGCGAGCGGGUGAGCUAGAGAGGGUGCCCGAGCCAUGGUCUCUACCGGCCGCGGCUCAGCCUGGGUCCCUCUGCUCUCAACCCGAGUGCCCGAUGCAGGCUUUGGUUUCAUGUCAGCAGCCUUCAUCUGCCUUCCAAAAAUAAGCCCCUGCCGCCAUGCGGGAGGGGGAAAAACAAGAAGGGGGGUAUUUUUAGGGCCAUUAAUUCUGACCACGUGCCUGAGAGGCAAGGUGGAUGGCCCUGGGACAGAGGCUGUUCAUCACUAUGUCCCAGGGAGCAGGACGUCUUCAGGGCACGCUGUGGGCUCUCGUCUUCCUAGGCAUCCUAGUGGGCAUGGUGGUAUCCCUGCCUGCAGGUUCCCGUGCCAACAACACGCAGCUGGACUCAAGGGGCUGGGGCACCCUGCUGUCCAGGUCUCACACGGGGCUAGCUGGAGAGAUCGCCAGGGUGAAUUGGGAAAGUGGCUACCUGGUGGGGAUCAAGCGGCAGCGGAGGCUCUACUGCAACGUGGGCAUCGGCUUUCACCUCCAGGUGCCCCCCGACGGCCGGAUCAGCGGGACCCACAAGGAGACCCCCUACAGCCUGCUGGAAAUUUCCACUGUGGAGCGAGGCGUGGUGAGUCUCUUUGGAGUGAGAAGUGCCCUCUUCGUUGCCAUGAACAGUGAAGGAAGAUUGUACGCAACGCCCAGCUUCCAAGAAGAAUGCAAGUUCAGAGAAACCCUCCUGCCCAACAAUUACAACGCCUAUGAGUCAGACUUGUACCGAGGGACCUACAUCGCCCUGAGCAAACACGGACGGGCAAAGCGGGGCAGCAAGGUGUCCCUGAUCAUGACUGUCACUCACUUCCUUCCCAGGAUAUAAGGACCCACAAAAGAAGGCUCACAGAUUUAAAGCAGCAAGUGUCCUAUUGGAAUUUUGCACAAGCAAAUAAUUCCCCUUGCCCUCCAUGGCUUCUGAGUCAGGCUUAUCUUGCAGUUGGGGAGACCCCAGUUGUUGCCGCUGGCCGCGCUGGACCCCAUGGCAUGUAGCCCACUCAAGUGAGGGUUGCAAGCAGCAUCUUAGAAUGGCAAUGGAUCCCAUGCUCUGACCUCCCCCGGAGGAAAGAAGCUAUCGGUGACACUUGAGGAAUGUGACCAUGUGCAAAGGAAAAGGCCAGGGUAGGAGUUUGUGUGCAUUGUUGUAUGUCCAUAUAGCGUUCUAUAUAUUCUCAGAGCAAAGGCAUUUCAAAGCAUCGAGUUUCUCUCUCCUAGCAUCAUGGCUGCAGGAAUCUGCCUGUACGAAUGUCACUUGUCAAGCCGGUAUGAUUAAUAUGUGCUCCCAUCCUGCCUCUUUCCAAUCGUCUUUCCUUUCAGAGGCCACUGACUACAUGAAUGGCACAGGUCAGCGGGGAGCAGCCGUCCUCAAAGUGCAGAGACGCCAGGGUGAGAGGGUGUAAGGUUGUAUUGCAAACCCGAAAGAGAGUGAUCAGGCACUUCAAGCUUCCUGCCAGUGAGGGCCCUCGGGAUACUGGGAUGAAUUGUCACGGAAGCUGGGGGAGAAGCUUUUCCCUUCUUGGAGUUAAGGGGUAGAGCAGAGUCCAGGGCAGCUGAGGAAGGCUUGUGGAGGCAGCA